AGAGCGACUACUUAUCCGUUACCCCAGAAUCUGUUGAAUCUGUGGGGACUCACUGGCAAUUGUUUAUCAAACUCCCACAAUUAUACUUCUCUAGACUCCCACGUAUAUCAUCUUCAAGAUAAAUGAAAUAUGCGAGGACUACGUAUCAAUCAUAGCCGUCUUGCCGCACAGUCAUCACGAAGACUACCCUGCCAACUCCAGCAACGCUACGCCAGCUCGGCAUCGCACGGACAUGGAGAGCACGGCGAACACGGCCAUGGACACCCAGCGCCUGUCAAUGAGCCUUUAGGUAAAUCAUUCUACUUUACCAUCGCCGCCGUUCCGUUAAGUUACCUUCUAUACGUAUUAUCCAGGGGCGCCCAGGAGGACGGCAAGACUGGCCAACAAACAAAGCCACUAUUUACGCGCGUCAUCGACUCGUACUCGGACUACAAGGAACGUUGGGUCACGCGGAAUACUUUGCAUACGAAUAUGAUGGAGCAAGCGGCGUUUGACCGGAACUUGUUCCAGAGCGCGCCAAAGAGCAAGGCAGUGGACUUGCGAUUUCCCGAAGUAUUUAAUACCGGAUCCCCAUACAAUGUCCCUGCCGGGAACGGCGGCGGUAACAUUGACGAAUUAAUCGCGCAUUACGAAAAGAAGAAUUAUGAAGAUAAUGAACGGAAACUGCGGGCUCUGCAGGAAGGGAAAGUUGUGCCGCGCAAUUGAGACACGGGCGUAUUAUUUUACCACUUAGUCCUUGAUUUUCUGUUUAGCUUUCUCCGGUUUUGAACUAUAUUAUGAUGGAGCCUCUGCAUUCUGCGACUUGGUUUAAUUAGACUAGCACUUUGUAUCUAUUCGCCGACCUGAUUUUCACAAGAUAGGUAUAAACAAUAUCAUCUCGCA